AUGACAUCAUCGCCGGUCACUACCCUCAUCGCCGGCAAACACCAUCAACGCCGGCCACCAUUACCGUCGGCCACCACCAUCAACGCCGGCCACCAUUACGCCGGCCACCACCAUCAACGCCGGCCACCAUUACCGCCGGCCACCAUCACUGCCGGUCACUACCCUCAUCGCCGGCAACCACCACCCGGCAACCACCACCCGACAAACACCAUCACCGCCGGCCACCAUUACCGCCGGCCACCAUCACUGCCGGCCACCAUUAUCCGGCAACCGACCACCAUUAUAAUCGCCGGCAACCACCAACAUCAUCCCGGCCACUACCAUUACCGCCGGCCACCAUCACUGCCGGCCACCAUCAUCCACAUCGCCGGCCAUCUAAUUUUAUAA